AUGGAUGAUGAUAAUUUUGGGAGUUUUACUCAAUCAGAAACUGAUGAUGAUAGCAAUUAUGAUGGCUGUGACACCAGUGAGGAAGAUAUUGAUACUGACGAUACAGGUGAGACUGACGAUGAAUCAGUAGAUGAAAGUGAUGAUGUGAAUCCCAAUAGUGAUAGCAGUGAGGAGGGAGACUGGGUGCAGGUAUUAGCUAAUGAAGCUGGACCGCCUACUGUAAGAUACACAGGCCAUUGUGGACCAAUCCAUCCCCCACAACCUGAUGCACUACCAAUAGAAUAUCUGAAGCUCUUUAUUACAGAUAGUUUUGUUCAGAAAAUUGUUGAUGAAACUAAUUUGUACGCUAGUCAAUGGAUACAGUCCCAUACUGAGUAUCUACAGCAAAAGAAAAGGUCUAUAGUCAACUUAUGGAUCAAACAAGGUCAAACAUUUGUGAAUGAAAUAUUGGCUUUUUUGGGGGUUAUUUUGAAUAUGGGGCUUAUCAAGAAACCAACUCUGAGGUCUUACUGGGAUUGUACAAAUCCAAGCCAGGCAACACCAUGGUUCUCUAAACACUACAAUAGAGAAAGGUUUGAACUAUUACUCAAGUUUCUGCAUUUUGCAGACAAUUCAAAAAUCCCACCACCAGAUCACCCAGCAUAUAAAUUGUACAAAAUACAACCAGUUAUUGAUCACUUCCAGAGGACUUUCAAAAGUCAUUACUAUCCUGAGAGAAAAAUAUCCAUUGAUGAAAGCAUUAUUGGUUUUAGAGGUAAGACCCCUCAUUUGCGACAGUAUAUGCCAAACAAGCAUCAUGCUAGGUUUGGAAUAAAGGUUUGGUGUUUAUGCGAGGCAAGAAGUGGUUAUACUUAUGGUUUUGAAGUAUAUAGGGGAACAGCUGGUAUGCAAGUAAGUGAUAAUGGGGCCACAUAUGACCUUGUUAUGAGGCUUCUUGAGAAAGCAGAUUUAUUUCAUCGUGGUCAUCACCUAGGUCUUGACAAUUACUUUUCUUCACCUAAGCUAUUUGAAGAUCUUUGGCAGAAUGGUACAACAGCAACUGGAACAGUUCGCACUAACCGUAAAGGACUGCCUAUGGAUGCUGUAAAGAAAAAACUUAAAAACAAAGAGGUUUCAGAGCGUAGAAAGGGUCCUUUGUUAUGUGUAGCUUACAAGGAUGGCAAGAAAACACCUGUUCUUCUAUCUACUUCCUCAAAAGGAGGCUAUAAAAUUGUAAAAAGAACAGGCAAACCUGACAAAAUUGUUCCACAAAUUGUUGAUGACUACAAUCAUGUCAUGGGUGGUGUAGACUUGAAAGACACCAAGCUUUACUCAUACCUAGCUGAACGCAAGACACUGAAAUGGACUAACAAGGCAGCCUUUUCACUGAUUGGGACUGCUGUCCUCAACAGCUAUUUACUGUAUGUUGCUAAUACAUCAAGAAGCCAUCCCUUGGAUAGAUAUAAGUUCAUGGUCUCCUUAGUCGAGUCGCUUGUCCAGAACUACGAACCAGUAAAAAUUAUCAGGAAAAGACGUACACUGGAACAAAUCCAGGCAGUUUCACUCUCACCUGAUCCAGUGGGGAGUCCCUCCCAUGUAGCAUUAUCUGCAGAUGAUGGGCAUAAGAUUGUAAAGCUCCCAGUGGGGAAGAAGAGGAACUGUAUAGCAGGUCACCCUAAAAGGGUCCGCUCAGCUAUUUUUGCCCAAAAUGUGAUGGAGGAAUUUGCCCUGAAUGCUUUGCUGUUUUUCACAAUAAAAUGA